AAGUGCAUCGUAAAUGCUGCAAUGAAGUGGCUUUACGGAACGGUCGUGACGUUGAUUUGCAUCGCACACAGAGUGACCUCAUCGGAGCUGAACAUAUUUGGCGGUCAGGGCAUCAGAGAUGCACUCGCCGAACGCGAUCUGAUGGGAGCGAUCCAGAUACCGCUGCAGAACGGUGUCAAGUUCGUCGAUGGACUGGACGGUUUUCCGGCGUUUGGCGUUACCAGCGAGGCGGACCUGAAGUCACCGUUCAAGCUGAUCCUGUCGGACCACCUGCAGGACUUUGCCAUCAUCGCAACCGUCAGACCGCAGUCCAGCUCCGGUGGUUGGGUGUUUUCCGUCGUCAACUCGCUCGACACCGUUGUCCAGUUGGGGCUGCUGCUCGAACCGACCGCUACCGGCGACCAAUGGAACGCGACGCUCUACUACACGGAUGCGAAAAAGGAACGUCACAGCCAACCGCUGGCAUCGUUCCAGGUGCCGUACGGGAAGAGUUGGAUGAAGAUGAUUUUUAAAGUGCUACCGGACCAGGUGGUGUUCUAUUACAACUGUUUGGAGGCGGGCGUCGUGCCGGUGAAGAAGGAACCACGUAAGUUAGUGUUUGAUAGCGCCUCCACGGUGUACAUCGGGCAGGCUGGCCCAAUAUUGAAGCGGAAAUUCGAGGGAACGUUUCUGUUCCUGAAGAUCUACGGCUAUCCGGAAAUCGUGAAAACGCACUGUAACCGAACGUCGCUACCCGUUGACGAAGAGUUUGAAACGACGGAUGAGUUCGGUGAUGACUUUAAUUCCGAGAUGGUGUAUGACCAAAGUGGUGACGACGAUGGAUUCAAUGAGCCACCGAUGAUUUCACCACCACCGCCCGAGUAUGGCUACCGGGUGAAGGGUGAUAAGGGUGAACGGGGCGUUAAGGGGGAAAGCAUUCGGGGGCCACCGGGACCGCCGGGCCCCCAGGGACCGCCGGGUCCGCCAGGACCACCGGGUGCGGUCGGACCGAAGGGCGGCGGAUACUUCGAUGGUGACGGCUCUGGUGAUGAGAUGAAACGAUUAUCACAGCUCUACGACACACUGCCAAACAAAAAACACGGAGGGCAAUGCCUUUGCAAUGCCUCCCUUAUCAUCGAGGAGCUCAAAAUGGACAGCAAACUGCGCGAGUAUCUUCGCGGCCCUCAAGGCAUGCCCGGCAAAGAGGGAAAGACCGGUUCUCCGGGUCUAACGGGCGUCACUGGUCCACAGGGUGAACGCGGUGCUUCCGGCCCUAAGGGUGACAAGGGAGACCGUGGCGACCAGGGCGCUACCGGACCGGAGGGCCUCCACGGAAGCAAGGGGGAACCGGGUCUGGAUGGGGCACCCGGUGUACCGGGCCCCGCCGGACCGCCGGGUCCUCCAGGGCUUCCAGAGAACUAUGAUACUAAUUGGAAUCCGUCGCGGAUGUUCAAGGAAUCUAUGCUCGGUGCACCGAUCCAAGGAAUGCGUGGCGGGUCACCCGGUCUGAAGGGUGAACCGGGUGAGAAGGGCGAGAUCGGAUUCCCGGGCGAAAAGGGCGAACACGGCACCAAAGGUGACCGCGGUGAUCCGGGUCUGACAGGUGCCAAAGGUGAAAGGGGCCACCAAGGAGCGCACGGACAACCGGGACCGAAAGGACCUCCGGGCACACCCGGCAUUCCAGGGCUUCCGGGCCAAACGGGUGCAUCGGGACCGAAGGGUGAUAAGGGCAACACGGGCGAAUCCGGCCCACCCGGUCCACCCGGUCCGCCCGGCAUGGUAAUCCAUGCCGAGGGUACCCGCAACGGUACGCAGGAUCAGUGUCAGUGUCAACCGGGACCGCCCGGGCCGGCGGGAUUGCGUGGCCCACCCGGAUACGACGGUGCGCCCGGACUUACGGGUGAAACCGGACUUCCCGGACAUCCGGGGCUGCCCGGUGACAAAGGCGAACGCGGACUUCCUGGUCCGAAGGGUGAGAAAGGACCGGAGUUCAUCAUCAACGAAAACGCGGCAUUUAACUCCUCCAGGGCUAACAGAGGCGACAAAGGCGAACGUGGCCAGCGUGGACGCCGGGGGAAGACGGGCCCACCGGGACCGAUUGGACCACCGGGGAAACCUGGCGGUAUGGGUGAAACAUGGCCAGGCCGACCGGGGCCGAAGGGAGAUCAGGGACCGAAAGGAGAGAAAGGAGAUAGCAUGGCGAUGCGAGGUUCGAAAGGCGAUAAAGGCGACCGUGGCAUGAAUGGACGUGAUGGACUACCGGGACCGCCGGGACUGCCAGCUGCAUCCGGCGACGGAGGCGUACAGUACAUCCCGAUGCCGGGCCCACCGGGACCACCGGGACAACCGGGACCACCCGGUCCACCCGGGCUGUCCAUCGUCGGUGAGAAGGGUGAUCCGGGAAUGGAUUCGCGCAGUCCCUUCUACAGUGAUUCCCAGCAUGGAUACUACGGACGACCGGGAGGUCGGUCCAGUUUGGACGAGCUGAAGGCGCUGCGAGAGCUCAAACACCACAAGGAUUACGAAGACAGCACGCUCGGACCGCCCGGACCGCCAGGACCGCCGGGACCGGCUGGACGGCCACUGCACGACAGUGACGAGAUUCCGAACAUCUACGGGGCCAACGUUCGCAUCGUGCCCGGAGCCGUCACUUUCCAGAAUGCAGAAACGAUGUCGAAGAUGUCUUCCACGACUCCCGUCGGUACGCUCGCUUACAUAAUUGACGAGGAAGCACUUCUGGUACGAGUGAACAAGGGCUGGCAGUACAUUGCACUAGGAACGCUGGUGCCAAUUGCAACGGUUCCACCGCCCACCACCACCAUCGUACCACCGCAGCGUUCCGAUCUGCAAGCAUCGAAUCUCAUCCACAAUCUUCCACAACCGGGAGAUGGCUCAGUGUUCACCGCCACGCCGGAGUAUGAGUCGUUGCGGAUGGCAGCACUUAACGAACCGUACCCGGGCGACAUGCAGGGCAUCCGUGGCGCGGACUUCGCCUGCUAUCGACAAGCGCGCCGAGCCGGUCUCCUGGGAACGUUUAGGGCUUUCCUUUCGUCGAGAAUACAAAAUCUAGACUCGAUCGUACGGAUAGCGGAUCGUGAACUGCCGGUCGUGAAUACCCGCGGUGACGUCCUGUUCAAUUCGUGGAACGGCAUCUUCAAUGGACAGGGUGGAUUCUUCUCGCAAGCACCGCGGAUAUACAGCUUCAGUGGGAAAAAUGUGCUCACCGAUAUGGCGUGGCCCCAGAAACUGGUGUGGCACGGUUCCAGUGCGCACGGUGAGCGUGCGAUAGACACGUACUGCGAUGCCUGGCACUCGUUAAUGCCGGACAAGGUCGGUCUGGCCAGCAGUUUACUCGGUAACAAACUGCUAGACCAGGAACGGUACUCCUGUGAUAAUCGGUUCGUGGUACUCUGCGUCGAAGCGGUCCCGCAGGACCGAAGACGAAAGCGAAGAGACACCCGAAGCCAACACGAGUUUGCCAACGAGAAGGAGUACAGCCAAUAUUUGCAAAGUAUCAGUGCACUGUAAAGAAACUCGCAAACGCGCAUCAUAGGAGUAGACCCGAAGUCUCCCGUACCACACAAUACUCAGAACAUCGCAUAAAUAGCAUCUUCCCAUCGUACUACCGUUCGAUAGAUAUCAUCAUCUUCAUCGACAACUUCGGCGAAAUAUCCGAAACCAUUGAUCCCAAACAAAAAAAACACACAGACACAAUGCAAAUGAUAAAUAAGAUAGGAACUAAAGAAUAGAUAAGAAAAAACAAGAACAAAAAAACGCUGAAGAAUAGAUUUGGAACAAAGCAUGAAAACACAAUGUGAAAAGGAAAGAAGAAAACGAGAAAAAGGUGAAAAACAGAGAAAAGAAAUAAGAUAAAAGAUUAAAAACAAAAACAAAACAGAUGUCCCUAAUCGGGCAACGAGACGGAGAGCCACAGCGCUGCAACUGAAUUAAUGAAAUAAUGAUAAUAAGUAAUUUUAACAGCAGACAGUCCGACGGAGUAGUUACGCUUUUCUUUAACGAAUUGUUUAAUUUGUUUACUUACCCUUACCUUUACUUUCGUUGUUUAGCAAUUGUAACAUACGGUAAAAGAUGGAGUGUGUGCGAAUGACCCGAGUGACUAAUGUAAAACAAUAUGAGAACACACACAAAACUCGUUAGCUCGUAAGCAAAGGUACAACAUGAAGCGUCAUGUGGUUAGCAUUUAAGUGGACGAUAGCAGUGACAGGUAACAAGAUUCAAUUAACGCAACACAUGAAAAAACAGUUGCAGAACAAACAAAACAAACUACCAUAUUAGCCAUAUGUCACAGAAAGUAUGAGUCAAAUUGUGGGCUGUACACGGCCCGACCGAACUCUCGUCAUGUUGAUAGUCAAAUUAAUCAUUGCCUCAAUGCCGAUCAGUUUGCAUCACUGUUGUGCUGAUCAUCUACUACCGCUCUUAGUGGAUCUGUCUUAGGUUAAUGGCAGUCCUGUGUGAGGGGAUGUGCAAAUGCCAUGCUGUCUUUUGUCUUCUGGUAGAUAACGUAAUGGAUGAGAACUCGCGUUCCCUUUACCAAUCUCUAGACCAACGUUGUGUUUUCUUUUGUCCUGUUACUGUCUUUACUACUACUACUACUACCACUACCACUACUACUACUUCUACUACCUAUCAUCAUCACUAACUCUACUCUAGUGCACUGUGCCACAACUCGAUGACAAAGUCCCAAGCGCAAGCAAAACGUAAACUUAAUACCAAAAUGGAGCACACUAGUGUUACCUUGACGACGACAAAAACCGCGUGUUGUGAAUAGUAUGUGACCAGUGCUACAGCGAUUCGGUAGGCGAUCUGUAAAGACCACAUUGAACAAAGCACUGUCCAGUGUGUGGUUUUUAGUCGGAUUUUUUUUAGAUAUGUAAAUGAAAUACCUUCAAUCACAGCGUUACAGCAGACUCACUUGUGUACAGCGCCACAACAACACAUACACGAACCAUUCUGGGGAAAGAAAUACGUCUUACCGUACUUGUAAACACACACCCUACCCAACUCUCUCUAUCACAUCCCACCAGAGUUCACAAAUGAUCCUUUCCACCCUGAUCCCCACAUUGUUCCGUAGUAGAAUUGUUGCAAUCUCGAUUUGUUACAAUUAUUACAUUGAUUAACGCGCGCGCUCCUGACAGCAAACCAUUGCAAAUCUACACGGAGUGAACGAAUUUCAAUGCAACUGAUGAAAUACCAUCAAGGCCAGAGACGUUUGUGUCAUUUACAAUGAGUACAGCGGUGAGCAGGCGGACAGAAUAAUGUAAUAAGAUAAGUAAUUACCUGUAGUCUUAAGGAAGGUGCACACGCGCAGCAAACAGGCGCGUGUGUUACGUGACGGUAGCGAUGGUUUAAAAACAAAAGUCGAUAGAUAAUAAGCUAUUUAACUAACAACGGUAACUAUUAAAAGCCAACGGGAGAGGGAAAUGAAACAAAACCCAACACAAGGAUAACAAAAACAAAAACACAGAAAGAGAUCCAUUUUUCUGCAAAUUACGUAGGUAAUGAGUUUAACUAUUGUUUUUCAAAGUGCGUUUUUUGUCAAUAUCAGUGGUACGAGAGGGAAGGAAGAUCUUUUCCACACAGCUAACUGUGUGAAGUAUAUGAGAACCACAGGCGUUCUGGGUGUAAGAAGCUGUUAUCUUGGGAGGGGAAUUACAAAUUGGAUUCGGGGACAAAACAAAAGCGGAAAAUUUGACUUGCUGUAAUAAAAAUGAAA